AUGAGCCACCCAUGUAUGAAAAGCCUCCUUUUCCUCCUGUCAACCUUGUGCCUUUGUUCCAGCCAUUCCACCUCUCGUCCGUUGCGUUUCUCAGCGUACCUGGACCCCAAGCAGCAGUUCUACCUGCGAUGGGAUCACGACUCCAAAGAGAUGAUGACCUUUGAACUUCAUGUCCAGUCAACCGGAUGGGUGGCGUUCGGCUUCACCACUCAUGGAGAGCUGCCGGGGGCAGAUGUUGUGAUCGGCGGAGUCCUUCCCGAUGGCAACUUGUAUUUCUCAGACUGGCAUGUUGUGGAUGAGAAAACCAUUGUGGAGGAUGAAAGUCAGGACUAUAAAGUGCUGGCAAUAACCGAAGAUGAGACUUCCACCACCAUAACCUUCUGGCGUAAUUUCCAGACGUGUGAUCCUCAUGACCAGCCUAUCACGGGCGAUACACUACGAUUGAUUUCUGCUUUUGGUCCAGAUGACACGAUUGAUUUCUUCAGCGGCAAGAUCAUCAAAAAAUCUCUGUACUUAAUGUUAUAUUUAAAUGAAGCGGAGUUACAUUCACCUAGUGUCUUCCAUAUAUAUGAUCUCAAACUAGACGACUUCCCCAUUCCAGAGGAUGAUACCACCUAUGCCUGUACUUUCAUCCCACUGCCCAUAGUCAAGACAAAACAUCACAUCUACAAGUUUGAAGCCAUAAUCACGCCACGGAACGAAACCAUGGUGCAUCACAUCCUGGUUUAUGCCUGCAGCAAUGCAAGUGUGCUGCCCCAUGGGGUGAGCGACUGCUAUGGAGCAGAUCCUGAUUUUGCCCUCUGCUCCCAAAUCCUCGUGGGCUGGGCAGUCGGAGGAGGGUCCUACAUGUUCCCAGAUGAAACUGGAAUCUCCAUAGGGACCCCACGGGAUCCCCAGUGGAUCCGAUUAGAAGUCCACUACAGCAAUUUCGAUUUAAUUCCAGACUUAAUCGACAAUUCAGGGAUAAGACUCUACUAUACUCCGGAGCUGCGUCCAUACGACAUGGGGGUGCUCCAGACGGGUCUCUUCACCUUUCCCAUCCAUUUCCUUCCCCCAGGAGUAGAUGCUUUCAACUCCUAUGGACUCUGCAAUUCCAGUCAGUUUGAGGAGUUGAAUGGGACCCCCGUGCCUGAUAUGUACGUCUUUGGUUACCUGCUCCACACUCACUUGGCUGGACGAGGAGUGAGAGGUGUCCAGUACCGGGACGGAAAGCAGUUACGAAUCCUCUGUGAAGAUAAUAAGUACGAUUUCAACCUUCAGGAGACAAGAGGCUUGAAGGAAGUCGUCACUCUCAAAGCGGGGGAUGAGUUCCUGGUGGAAUGCCGCUAUGAAACACUCGAUCGGACAAGUCUGACAUUUGGCGGGCCGAGUACUCUGAACGAAAUGUGCCUGGCCUUCCUCUUCUAUUACCCUCGCAACAACAUCUCCAGCUGCAUGGGAUACCCAAACAUUCAAUAUGUCGCCCAUGCACUUGGCCAGCCAGCUGCAGAUGCUAUGGAAGGGAUGAUGGCCAUUAACAUGGUCGACUGGAACAACGAAACCGCCAAACAAGCAGAGAAGGCCUGCAAGGAAGCCGAUCAGAUCGUCGUCAUUAAAACAAUUGAUGAGGUGGUUGUUAAUGAAACUGGCUUCAUCCGAGAUAUCGAAUCUGGGCCAAUGCCCUGCAAAAAUAGUAUCCAAAAUGAGUCGUCAGCAGAGCCAGAAGGACAAGCCAAGUUCCAGGCAGCUGUCACAUCCAGCAGCACUCUCAGCACCAAGGCCGUCCUGCCGUUUCCUGCCCUGCUUUUCAUACACUUGGGCUUUCCUUGGCUCCUCACUUUCUUCCUGCGUGUGCUCUGA